AUGGCAAAUUACAAUUUCUCUAGCCUUUUAGAAGUCUUGAAUCACCAAUCAUCCCAGCAACAGCCAAACAAUGGAAUGGGAAAUUCCUAUGAGGAUCCUUAUGUCACUGAGAUGUUUGGGGAGCUCUAUUUUAAAGAGGUCAUGAGUCCUCCAUUUCCCCUACACUCCCUUUUCCCUCCAUCUCCAUUUCCAUUUCCAUCCUCAUCAUCAUUAGCAUCUUCUCUGCCUGAUCCUACUCUUGAAUAUCUAACCAACAUCCAAAAUCUCAAUUGUGAUGCCAACCAUCACAAGAAGAGGAAGAAGAGCUCAUCGACAAGCAAAGAAAGAUUGUUUCCACCUCCUGUUUCUUUCUUGAAACUAUUCAAGACUGGCAAGCCUUUUUCUUACUUCAAAUUUAAUGAGGAAAUUGGUCGGCUUGUUCGCGAGGAGAUAAAGAUUCCUCCCCAAGGAUUUCUGCGUGGUUCGAGGGAAAAUGGAUGCUUGAAGUUGAACUCUGCUCACAAAGAAGAGGAAGAAGAGGAGGAGGAGGAUCAAAGUGAGGAAGCAUAA